AUGUUUAUCCUCAUCAGUGUUUGUGGUCUUACACCCUCUUCCACAGAUAUGGGGUUGGGGUCUGGUAGGAUUGGUGGGUGUUCUGGGGAGAUCACGGAGACCAAAGUGGCUGAGAUGGGUAAACACAGCUGGGGACACAUAGCCCUGGUGGGUCUGCAGCUCAGCGGCCCCUUUCACACAUUUAUCAGUGUGUUUGCUCAGGGGAUGGACCCUAAUCUUCACACACUGAUCUCUGUGCGGAGCCUCUACAGAGGCCCGGCAAGCUGGGAUGAAAGUGACCCCGGCUACAGGCACAGACGCGUUAAGUCCUCUACAGCUAAACUUGCAUGUUCUUCUCUUAAUAAAGGCCUGUGA